AAUCGUUAUGCAAGGCAAGUUUUUCCACUGUACCUCGGUACAAGUGACAAUAAUAAACCAAUACCAAUACUAGUAAAACUAAACAUUUUAAACAGAUGGAAAAUCGUACUGGUUAUCAAGCUGGGAGUGUGGCAGUUUGAUUUUAUUAUUUUGGGAGUAUUUCAUUGCCCUGAUUGAGAGGGCAACAUUCAGCAAUAAAUUUCACCCAUAGAAAAUCCUCACCCACCCACUCAGCAGUCCCGGUGUGCCUUUAAACCCCGGCGGAGCCCAGAUCGCCACCGGUGCAGAGGCCUGGCGAAUCGGCUUCAUGUGGGAGCAGGCUCUGUGAAAGAUGGCGAGCAAAACCACCGGUCCAGCACCAUAUACCUUCUCCUAUACGUUCCAUACACCCUCUCUUGCUGCUGGUUCAGCACUUUCCGACCCCAAACAGAGGUAAAUACCAACAGAAACACACAGAGCGCUGGAGGGACUCAGCGGGUCAGGCAGCAUCUACGGAAGGAAAAGGACAGUCGACAUUUCGGGUCGAGACCCUUCAUCUGGACCGUGACCGUGGGCGGCAGACGUUCAACCCUUUGCAAUAGCUGCAAAUCGCUUUGCAUGUUCUGAGGCUGUAAAAGUUCCUUUGGAAAUGCAAACCUCCCAGUUUAUUGACUCAAUUCUCAGCGUUGGCACCAGAUGGAGCUACACAUAAACCUUGAUAUUGGUACGAUUGUAAAGACCAGUAUUGCAACUGAACAGCAAUUCCAGAGCUCGGUCGGCCGCACCGAUUAAAAACUACAUGCAUGGAGAGAGCUUUAAAGGAACUCGUUGAAAAAAGAUCUACACAACACUUCCUAUUUCCUCCAAAUGGACCAUCCCACUGACCUGGAAGUGGAUGCGGAGCGAGAAGGUUUCUGACGGAGCUUGCGGAUUGAGCAUGGCUGAAGGGCGAGACAAAGGGGAUGAAACAGAUGAUAUGCCUGAACUCUUAGACAUUGAUGAUGAUAUGUGGUGUGACUGGGAUGAAGAUCACAGCGAAUGCGAGUUGCAAGUACGCUGUCUGUUUUGCGAAAGGUUAUUCCAUUCUGCUCAAGAUACCUUUUCUCACUGUACAUCAGAGCAUCAGUUUAAUAUUAAUCAAAUGGUCUACAAGCAUGGUCUUGAUUGUUAUAGGUACAUCAAGCUUGUCAAUUUUAUUAGAAUUACAAAUCCUUCUGCUGAAUUUUUUAAGUCAAUUCAUGGUGAAGCCCCCUGGGAUAAAGAAGAAUAUAUGAAACCAUUCUUCAUUGAUGACGCUUUACUCCAGUUUGAUGUGGAUGAGAUCUGGGAGCAUGUGGAGAAGCCAUGUUCAUCUGACCAAGGUAAUGAUGAAAGCCAGGUCCAAGCUGCCCACUUCCAGCGCUUGGAAGAAGCAGAGAGGAGGGCUGAGAAAGCUGAAGCAGCUGUUGAAAGGAUCAUGGAAGACUUCCAAAAAAUGAGACAAUAUGUGCAGGAUUUCGUGAUAAAUGCAGAUGCCAGAACUGGUACAUCAAACACAAAUGCAAUAGCAGACCUGCGGGAGGAGGAGGAAAGUAUCUACUUCAGUUCUUAUGGGCAUUAUGGCAUACAUGAAGAGAUGCUGAAGGACAAAGUGCGGACAGAAAGCUACAGGGAUUUCAUGUACUCCAACCCACAUAUUUUCAAGGACAAGGUAAUCUUGGAUGUUGGAUGUGGGACUGGAAUCCUGUCCAUGUUUGCAGCCAGAGCUGGGGCCAAGCACGUGAUUGGAGUUGACCAGUCUGAGAUCAUUUGCCAGGCCAUGGAUAUUGUAAGGGAAAAUGAACUGGAUGGUGUUGUAACACUGAUCAAAGGAAGGAUUGAAGAUGUGGAACUUCCAGUUGAUAAGGUGGACGUUAUUGUUUCUGAGUGGAUGGGUUAUUUUUUGCUGUUCGAAUCCAUGCUGGACUCGGUCAUAUAUGCACGGGACAAGUACCUGAUGGAAGGCGGUGCAGUGUACCCAGAUAUCUGCACCAUUAGCCUAGUAGCAGUGGGAGACAGGAAGAAACACGAUGAGCAUGUGGCUUUCUGGGAUGACGUGUACGGCUUUAAGAUGUCCUGCAUGAAGAAAGUGGUUAUCCCAGAAGCUAUGGUCGAAAUGUUGAAUCCUGACAUCCUCAUUUCAGAGUGCUGUGUUAUCAAGAUGAUAGACUGCAAUACUGUAGGAAUCUCAGAUUUGGAUUUCACCUCUGAAUUCUCGCUGGAGAUAACCAAGGAUCACGAGUGUGUGGCAAUUUCUGGUCACUUUGAUAUUUCAUUUGAGAAGAAUUGCAGCAGCAAGGUCUCGUUCUCCACUGGUCCAAGAAGCACCAAAACUCACUGGAAACAAACCGUCUUUCUUCUAGAGCAUCCAAUCUCAGUAAAAAAAGGUGAUGUCUUACAUGGAAAGAUCACCUGCUGCAAGAAUAGAAAGGAUCCUCGAUCAUUAAUUAUAACAAUAUUUAUUAACAACACAAAGCAAACAUACAGUCUUCAGUGAAGUUCUGUUGUCUGCCUCCACAAGGUCUGCUUCCACCUGUUCAUUUUGUUACGACAGAUUUUGCACUCAACAUGUGUGAUAAUUGAACAUCCAUUUUUCAUAUCCAAAUGAAGUAUAAUCUAAAAGAUUCUAUGAUUUUCAAUUUACUUUUCAUGAAUAAAGCAAAUGAAUAA